GAGGAUGUAUCAUAAUGGGCUGCAGCGGGCAAUUUAGUGCCAAUCUCAUCCACGAGUGUUAAUUUGUAAUAGUGUACCGUGAAGUUAUUCUCUGUGCUUACGUUAAGCUUAAUAGUGUAAAGUUAAUCAUUUGUAUUCAUCCCACGAGAAACGCGCAACUCCUGCUGUCUCUUCAGUUCACUCCAAACAACUCAAUUGAGCUGUCAUCACGUCGCUGCAAGGUUUGGCGAUGGGAUUGCGUGCAUGGAUUUGAGUGCAUCUUGUUGACUAGAAAACCAUGAGCAUGGCUCUGGCCUGGCUCCAGUCUAACCUGCCUUGUGCUAAGCAGACCAGUAUCACCAGUAUUGCCACUAUCAAGCAUCAGCACGCUUCCAGUCAAGCUUGCUGAACCUGACCGUGCAGAGAGCCAUGCUGUCGGGGUCUUGGCGGCGUUCUAUGGGGCACCAGCAGCCCGCUGCAGCGCCUGUUGUGACCCCCAGGAGCAUGACAGUGUGUGGGGUCACCAGCGGCACAGUGGUCCUCGAGGCUCAGUAUGACUACAACUACUGCGCCGCUGAUGGGCGGCAGGUCUGCAUCAGGGAGGGGGAACGCUUCGUUCUCCUGAAAAAGACCAACACUGACUGGUGGCAGGUGCGGAGGAUUGGGGCGGCCAGUAAAACAAAGCCUCUGUAUGUUCCCGCCACUUAUGUAACCGAGGUGCCCAUUGCACCGCUGCCAUUGCCACGGCGCCGGGUUGUCUCUGACUCGCUAAACUCAAAACUCAGGAUACUGCCACAGGUUUCACUCUCUCCUAGCCCAAAGGAGACAACCUAUAAUGAACAGCAACAAGCAAACAAACCCAUUUUCCGCUCCGUGGAAAACCUGAACUCCUUCCAGGGUCAGGACAAGAACUCCAGCACGGGUGGAGGCCGCUUCCCCACACUGCCCCUUUGGUCUGGUUUCACCUUUACCUCCAACUCUCCAGCCUCCCUGUCAGGACACCUCAUGGUCCCUGUGUCCCCUGCAGUUUCCAACACACAACAGACAACAUCACCAAACCCCAGGGUUGUCCCCAUGAUCACUCGCAGCCAGAGCUCCAGCAACCUGCCUGAGAACGUGACGGAGAACCCGUACGAUGAGGUGGGCGGUGGCUUCAGCAGUCGUGGCAACCACAAGAUGCCAAAGAAGUCUUGUAGCCAGUGGGACAUGGUGGGAUCCUCUGGCAAGAACAACCAUCUGCAGGUCCCAACAGAGUCCUACAUCUCCCAGCUGUCCUGGAAGGACUCUCCUCUUUACUCUGACAAUCAGCCAGAGAAACGUCUGUCGGUAGCGGAGCCCCCUACCCCUGCCCCAGGUGAGCAGCCCCUUCAGAUCCUAGACUUGUGGGAGCAGUACUCAGACCAGCCCACAGGGAGAUACUACUACAUCAACACCAUCACCAGGGAAAGGUCCUGGAAGCCCCCCCGCCGGGCCCGUGGAGGCACCACCGGCAAGGCCUGUUCGGAACUACCUCAGACGUUACCCAGAGAAACCAGCCAUCUGUCCCUUGCACUUCCUGGAGCUGGUAAUGGAACAGUGCACAGGGUAAGACUGCUGUAAUUCCUAACAAGUGAUCAAGUUCGGCCUCCCUCAUGACAAUUAGGCAAUCUGUAUGAAUGUGGAAUAACAUCACCUGAACUGAUAAUUGGAACAUCUUCCAUGCUGCUAAAAGCGUUCUAAGUUUUGGGAUGAUGAAAUAAGAAUAAGGUCUGCUGUGUGUGUGGUGACAAAAUGAAAAGGAGCAGUUAAACUUGCAGAGUGACAACACAUAACUUAAAGGGGAAAACCCUUCCUCUGUUACUCUGGCUGAUACCUCCACGCUCACCUGUAACCAAACACAGGAAGCAACAAGUGCACACCCAACCAAAGUAUUUUCUUGACUUAGGAAUGUUGUCUGGUUACCUUGUUUUAUCUUUCGUGCUUUACCUCUGUGCUG